AUGAGUUUCUCCCUCACAUUUAGGGAGCUGGUGAAUAUUGCCAUCCCGACGCAAGGGGUGGUCAACUUCCAGGCACUACACAUGCUGCUGCAUGGCAUCCUGGAGCACAUCAACAUGACCGACCUGAAGAAGGUGUUCUCGGGGAAGGAGGAGGAGGACUUCCUUCAGGCCCCUCUGGGGAUGUUCACACUCCCAGAAGGGGUUGCCCAGCCCACUCCAACUCCCAACAACAGGAUCCAUGACAUGUUUGAUCACAUGGUGAGCCGCAUUGACAAGAUGGAGAGUCAGCUGGCAGAUCUGAGCGACAUAUCUGCAACCUUGCAGCUAUCAGAGAUCAGCCAGGGGAACAGGAAGCCCGUCCAGGAUGUGUGGACCCUUAUUAAGCUCCGGAAGAUGGUUGAGGCCAAUGAAGAAGCCACCAGCAAGGUAAUGCAUAUCUUGCAGGAACUGCUCAGUGACCUCACCUCAGUCAAGGUCACCACCAACACCCUCAAGGAGGAGGUGGGAAAACUGAAGGACCAGAUAGAGAAGAUAAACUUGGAUAAAUUUGAAGCUUUCUUCGAAGAUGUCAAAAGACAGAAUCGUAAGCUGACUGCUGUGCAACGGGAACUGACUACUCUCCAGAACAAACUCAGCACCUUCCCCAAGGUCGAAGACUUGGUGCUUUGGAGCAGCCUCCAUGAGGCCAUAUUCUCUGGGGGCAUGCCGAGAAGGCCAGUGCUCAAGCCAGACCUGCAGCCUGACUUGCUGUUAGAGGACACCAGGCUGUUACCAGAGACCACCAUGCCACAGUCAGGGGGGUACAUCGAAGCAGUCGCAGGCAUCCAAUCUUCUGAGCCCACCCAGGGCACAGAGCCUGCACACACUAUGUGGGACUAUGAGUUCCCAGAGAUAAUCUAUGAACAGCAGUUUGCACAGACUGCCUUCAGGCCCCCACCACCUGCCAGGAAGAUGGGCUCAGCCUGGCCCCAGGCACUCCAGCCUCACAAGCCUCACCACACCAAGGUCCCUCAUCUCCAAGUUGUCUUGGAAAAGGGAGAAGAGCUGAACACUUCUGAAUUAGUGGUGCCUCACGAACCGCCCCCUGAGGAUGGGCCCUCAAGGGAAGCAUCAUCCAAGGAAGUGCCUGCUCUAGAAGUGACCCCCCUGGAAGUGGCCUCCCUGGAAGUCCCCCCCCUGGAAGUGCCCCCCCUGGAAGUACUCCCCCUCAAAGUACUCCCCCUGGAAGUACUCCCCAUGGAAGUGCCCCUCAAAGAGGCACCCUCAAAGGAAGUACCUGCCCCAGAAGUACCCCUCAAGGAAAUACCCUCCAAAGAAGUGCCUACCCUAGAAGUGCCCAAUAAAGUACCCUCCAAGGAAGUGCCCCAUAAACAAGUGUCCCCCAAGGCACGCCAGUCUGCCCUUCAUCGUUUCAAGACCACAGCUGCCAUUGCUGCUGCAGCUGCAGCUGCCUAUGCUGCUGCGGCUAGCUCUGCAGCCCGUGCAGCAAAGGCCGCUGCCCAGGUGGUAAAGGAUGCCCCAGCCACCAACCUGGCCAACCUGGCCACAACUGUGGCUUCCUCUGGGGUUUUAGGGGUACUUGCAGAGGAUCUAGGUGCUGGGACUGCCCGAGGAGCCACCAACGAAGUCAUCUUCAAAGAAGGCGUGGACCUAGAAGAUGACUAUGCUCCCACUCCCUUAUCUUCUCCUGAUGCCAGCACACUUGCAGCUGGGACUCAUACGUCAGUUCCAGCUUCACAGACCAUGAACCCUGAAGAGAAGAAGGAGGCAGUGAGGCAUUCCAUGAGCUACAUAGCCACACUGCCUGCCAGCCAUGAAUCCAUGAAGGAAGAGUUAGCAAGGCUGUCCACUAAGCUGCAGCAACGCCUCAACUACCUAGUUAAUAUUGAUGCAAAGUCCAAGUUUGGAAACACUCUGGAAAUACUGCAGGAGAAAAUUGGCAGCCUCCAGAAGUUCAAGAUGAAGGAGGAGGAACUUGAACAAGUUUGGGGUGGCCAAAUCCAGAUGUUAAAGGACCACUACAUCUUACUGGACAGGACUGUGGAGAAGCUCCAGAUUCGCUUGGAUGAGUACAAGACUCUCCAGGCUCAAAUUAAAAACCUAGAAAUUAACAAGGUGGAUAAAAUCAAUAUGGAACAAGAGUUGAAAGAGAAAGCUGACAGAAGUAUCUUGGCAAGUAAGGCCAGCCGGGCUGACCUGGAGACAGUGGUGAUGGAAUUGAAUGAUAUGAUGCAUAGCCUUAUGCUCAAGGUCACCAACUAUGAGGAAGACUGGAAGAAGUCCUUUGAGCACCUGAACAAAGACAUGAGCAAGCUGAUCCACAGUAACCUGGAUAACUUGAAGUUAGAAAUGGAAGAUGUUUGGAAAAUAGUCAGGAGACUGCUGAUCGAGGGCCUCCGCUUUAACCCAGACAGUGCUGCUGGCUUCAGGAAGAAGCUAUUUGAGCGAGUUAAGUGCAUCUCCUGUGACCGCCCGGUGGAGAUGAUGACUGGCCCACAUCUCAUCACCAUCCGAAAAGCCCAACUGCUAUCACGCCUCCAGCCAUCCAGUCCCAACAGCUACGAGUACCAGCAGCAGCCCCAGCAGAUAAGGGAACAGCAGAACAUGCAGCUCCAGGGCCUGGUGGACCCUGAGGGAAACAUGCACUCCGUGGGCUUCCAGCAGGAGUGGGGUGAUGCCCCCCGGAACAACAGCAACCUCAAGUUUAACCCCUACAGCUUAUCAACAAUCUAUCCCUAUGGAGACCCCCAGCUGCUGGACUAUGACACGGCGGAGGUGGACAUCCUGGGUGUGGACGGGAUCCUAUACAAGGGCCGCAUGAACAACCCGAAGGAGGUGUGGCCCACCUUCCCCUCAGACAAAGAGCUGGCAGCUGUGAAGGUUCCUCGGCCCCCAUCCCAGAACCUGUAUGACCCAGCUCAUACCACUCUGUACAGCCAGACAAGUGCAUCCAGCACCAUCUACUCAGGGCCCCUGCGGGCAGCACCACCCAGGCCACCUUCUCUGCCACCCAUGCCACCACCGAUCCCAAGGGAUGCCCACCAGGCACCAGGGGCCCCUAGACACCAAAAAACACAGCGCUUCGAGUCCAGAACCAACACCCUUCUCAAGGAGGAACACUUGAAGCCGUGA